AAGGUCUAACACUACUUGUAAAGCGGGGAUUUCGACAACACUUAAUAUUAGGGGAAACCCAAACAAUCCAAAAUCGAAUACAAUAACCAAAGCCCAACAGUGAAAAUAUCUGAAAAUUUACCUUACCAACUUCACUUAUAUUUCUGGUGCUCAAUUUCUCUGCAAAUCUAAAUGGCCUCUCUCUGCAGUCACCCCCACACAUUUCUACCCGCUGUCAAUCGGCCACCGUCGCCUAGCCUUAAGCCCCUCCGGGUUUCGCCCGUAUCCGCUUCCAAAUCCGAAACAUCUGCUCCAAACGAAGACGAAGAAGAGGAAACGAGGAGCUUAACGGUGAGUGAGAGAGGAAGAGAAAAGGGAAGACUUGUAAUUGCCGAGGAAUUGAAGCAGAGAGAGACGAGAGGGAGGAGAGAAGAAGUGAACAGGAAGAUAGCUUCAAGGAAGGCUAUUUCCGUCAUUAUGCGAAGAGAGGCCACCAAGGCUUUUAUCGAAAAAAAGAGAGGACCCAACAAUUCCAAGAAGUUGCUUCCGAGGACUGUUCUUGAAGCCCUUCACGAGAGAAUCACUGCUUUGCGUUGGGAAUCUGCUCUUAAGGUUUUUGAGUUACUACGGGAGCAGCUUUGGUAUAGACCCAACGCUGCUAUAUACAUCAAGCUUAUUGUUUUGCUUGGGAAAUGCAAGCAGCCUGAUAAAGCCUAUGAGCUCUUUCAGGCUAUGAGCGAUGAAGGUUGUGUUAUGAACCAUGAAGCCUACACUGCUCUCUUGUCUGCCUACAGUCGUAGCGGUCUCUUUGAUAAAGCAUUUUCCCUUUUAGAGGAGAUGAAAGACACUCCUAUUUGUCACCCUGAUGUGCAGACCUACUCCAUCCUCAUCAAAUCAUGCCUGCAGGUUUUUGCCUUUGAUAAAGUACGCGCCUUGCUUUCCGACAUGGCAAGUCGGGGAAUCAGGCCCAACACAGUUACAUACAACACCCUUAUCGAUGCCUACGGCAAAGCAAAAAUGUUUCAAGAGAUGGAAAUGACACUCGUGGAGAUGCUUAGAGGGAAGGAUUGUGAACCAGAUGUUUGGACCAUGAACUCCACAAUUAGAGCCUUUGGCAGCAGUGGGCAAAUUGAAACCAUGGAGAAGUGUUACGAGAAGUUUCAGAGUGCUGGUAUCCAGCCCAAUAUUAAGACAUUCAACAUUCUGCUAGAUUCUUAUGGAAAAACUGGAAACUACGAGAAGAUGAGUGCUGUAAUGGAAUAUAUGCAAAAAUACCAUUACUCGUGGACGAUUGUUACCUACAAUGUAGUGAUAGAUGCCUUUGGAAGGGCUGGUGAUUUGAAACAGGUGGAGUAUUUGUUUAGGCUAAUGCGGUCAGAAAGAAUCAAGCCUAGUUGUGUCACACUUUGCUCUCUAGUAAGGGCUUAUGGUCAAGCUGGGAAAGCUGAAAAAAUCGCUGGUGUUUUGCGGAUCAUUGAGAAUUCGGAUGUAACAUUGGACAUUGUGUUCUUCAACUGUCUAGUGGAUGCUUACGGUAGGAUGGGAUGCUUUGCAGAGAUGAAGGGGGUGCUUGAAAUGAUGAAGCAAAAAGGAUAUAAACCUGAUAAGAUCACAUAUAGAACCAUGAUUAAGGCUUACUCUAUCAGUGGUAUGACUAGCCAUGCAAAGGAGCUUCGCAAUCUUGUUGAGUCAGCGGCAGGGUCAUCUUUGGGGAUGCCAAAGCCUGAUUUCCGACAACCAGAAUAUUACAGGUCAUAUUACUGAGAUCUAAUGUAUAUUUUCAUUUUUUUUCCCUUAUGUUGUAAAUGUACAUCAGCAGCAUGAGUAAAAUGAAAUACAGAUCACCACUUCUGUAUAA